GCCUGCCUACUCCCUCCUCCAGUGAAGAGAAUCCAACAAGCCAGCAGCCAUGGAUGGCGAGGAGGUUGGCAGGAGGGGUAUUCCUUCUCUGCUGAAGCCAUCUUCCUCCUCCGCCGAUGGCGGUGCUGGGGAACAAGAGCACAUCGCUUCUGACAUUACUCAGCUCAUAGGAUGGACACCACUGAUCGAACUGAAGCGAAUCACCAGCAAGGCUGGGAUUGAUGCGCGGAUCGUUGGCAAGAUGGAGGCUUACCAGCCGCUUUGCUCCAUCAAGGAUCGCUCUGCUUUGAGAAUGAUAGAAGAUGCAGAGGAGAGGGGGUUGAUUUCACCUGGAGUCACAACACUAGUGGAGCCGACAAGUGGUAACAUGGGGUUAGGAUUGGUCCUCUUUGCCAUUCAGAAAGGUUACAGGCUCAUUGCAGUUAUGCCAGCUAAAUAUUCGCUUGAUAAGCAGAUCUUGUUGAGAUUCAUGGGUGCUGAGCUGUACUUAACUGAUCCAGCCCUUGGUUUUCCGGGCAUGUUUGACAAAGUUGAACAGCUCCGAAAACAACUGCCAAAUGUACAUGUUCUGAAUCAAGUUACGAAUAAAGCAAAUUCUGAAGCCCACUUCAGAUUGACCGGACCUGAGAUCUGGAAGGACACAGCAGGCAAGGUGGACAUAUUUGUGGCCGGUUCAGGCACAGGAGGCACUGUUUCUGGUGUGGGAAAGUAUCUGAAGAUGCAAAAGCCAGGCGUCAAGAUCAUCUGUGUUGAGCCUGCAGAAAGCCCAGUGAUUUCAGGUGGUGCGCCUGGCAAGCAUAAAAUUCAGGGAGUAGGACCAGGAUUUAUACCUGAAGUCCUGGACACCUCGGUCAUCGACGAGACUGUCACUGUGACCACCGAGGAGGCCAUGACGAACGCGAAGAGGCUGGCCAAGGAAGAGGGCCUGCUUGUGGGCAUUUCUUCCGGAGCAAACCUGGCAGCUUGCUUGAAGGUCGCUUCGAGAGAGGAGAACAGGGGCAAGAUGAUCGUCACUGUGUUCCCGAGCGGCGGCGAGAGAUACAUGAACUCCGACCUCUUUGCAGAUGUACGAGAGGAGUGCAUUGCCAUGACAUUUUGAUCUCCCCGUUCUUUUGGAAGAUAGCACUGCACUUUAUACUGAAAAACACUGAAAACCCGAUUUCUCAAAAACACUGAAAACCCAGGAAUUGGGACUUUGGGAGCCAGAGCAUGAUACUGUCAGCACUUAGCAGUCUCCACACAAACAUAUUUCUGGGACUUGGCAGUGGCACUCGUCUCUUCGAGUAAAUGACACCGUGGAGGCAAACAUUUUGCUUCCUUAUUUGAUGGAUUUAUUUCCAGAAUAGAAAUGUUCUCUAUAUAUGACAAACCAAUUUCUUUAAUCCUAGGUGGCCAAGUCAAGCA